CAAGGGUUGGCAUGUUGAAGGACGACGUAAUUAAAGGGGGUAAGAGCUUGCUUUGGCUCGCGGGCAGCGGGAUUUGAGUGCGAGUGCGUGGUGACGUCGGUGCUGCAUGCGUGACAGGGGUAAAAGUGAAGACUGGUAGUUCACUCUCCGCGGGAGAACACGAGAGGGGGAAGGUAAAGAGGGGCACAAACCAUCUCUUUUUAUUCAGCACGGGUGGUGUGUUCAGUUUCAGUGCAUCUGGUCGACGCGCGGACGCAGAGGGUCGCUCGUUCGCUCGGCUGUGGGUCGAAGGGAAGCCUUAGGAAGCAUCGCUCCAGAAAGCAGCAUUUCCGCCGCCCAGAUCAGACCAAACAGGGAUGGCCAGUGCGAUGGGCCGACGAGCGCAUUUAGGCAUGUCCCUUGUUUGUGGCAGUUGCAAGCAGAGGUUUCACUCAGUCCUGGACUUGCAGAGGCACAGGUCUUUUUCUCUCUGCACAGAAGCUGAGAGGUAUGGCUGUCCACACUGCAGUCUGGAUUUUGAAGUGCGGGAGGUGUUGCGGGAACACAUGAAAACGCACGAAAUACCGAUCGCAGUUCCGCAGCCCAUCAGGCCUUUCUCGGCGCCAGUCGAAAAGCCAGCUCCCGUGACGGAGAAGCAGCAGCCUUCUCCCACCAAACAAGUUGCAGCGAAGAGAAUUGGGUUCACUAAAAUCCGCUUCGAGGAUUGCAAGAGGUGCGACGAGUGCUCUUGCAUCUAUCUACACGAGAAGGACUACGAGAAGCACAUGAGAAACUUCCACAGGAGAAAAGAACUACGAAAGAGCAAAAAGCUGAAAAAAGGCUGUAGGUCUUGCUGCAAUCAUUGCAACUGCAAAGAUGACCACACAGCUCCAGUCACUGUCGAAACCGAGAGAGGAAACAAAAAUCUGUUCCACUUCAAUAUCAAGGAUCGGUGGAGCAAGGUGGUUUCCAAGAGCAUCGUGGAGGUGUGCAACGGAACCAAAUUCGACGAGCAGAUGACGGUUGUGAAAGAUGAGCCACAAAAUGAUCUGGACCUGACGCACCUGCUCAGUCAGGUCGAAGUCAAAAUAAAAACCGAGGUAGAAGACUUCAUCGACCAAAAUAUGCCUGUGCCUCUGUCUCAAAUCAAGACUGAGCCGCUUGAACCUUGAUACUGAAUUUUUAAUAUUUUGAUCUUUUAAGUGAAACGACAUUCUCAAAAUGCUGUUGAUGCAGGCGAGCUUGUUUUCUUUAAAUGUCACGGUGAAUUCGAUGUGCCAUUAUUGACUUAUAUUUUGUUUAGUCAUAUUUUUUGUGUUGACAAAUCGGCAGCGGUACUUAAAACUUCACACUAGUCACCAGAUUGAAUGAAAUAUGAUUUGUAAAAAUGUGGGUCCGAUGUGUUAAUUUAUUCUGGUAGCCCUGCUGACGAUUAUUAUUUGUGUUGUGUAGAAUUUAGUCACUUAAUUACCAUGUAUAACUGUGUUCACGCAACUACAUUAAAUUUUUGAUAAAUGACCAAAA